AUGAGUGACUCAGAACCCCCAGAGAGAUUGGGUGAAGCUACUGAGGAAAAUGAACACAACACAAAUGAACAAGUUUCGCAGCAUGGGAAGGCUGGUCAGCCCAGCUUGUGGAAAAGACUUGCACCCAACAUCCCGUUGGUCAUCAUGAUGUUCAAAGGCUCGCUGCCUAUGACCAUAUCCCUCGCCAUCUACCAAUCCGGCCUUAUCGCCAACCGCUAUACCACGGUUGGAUACAUCAUGGCAAUGAUCGCGUUCUUCAGCAUGGCCCUGCUCCCCCGCGCCAAAUACCUCGAAGGGCUCGUCCUGAACAUUCUAGCAACCUGCCUCGGGUCGGCCCUGUCUCUUCUCACCAUGUACUGUGGCGUCAAAGCCCGCGAACACACAACCGCGCCUGGGUCAACGGCCUCAUACAACUCCUCGCAAUCGGCCGUCUGCGCGAUCUGGUUCUUCUGCACGCAAUGGGCCGCGGGGACAGUCCGGGCCAGGAUCCCCCUCCUGCAGAACUGCGUCUACAUGUUUAGCGUUAUGACGAUGAUCACCAUGACCUACGCCCCCCGCUUCCACACCAUGGAUCAAGCCAUCUCGCUGGUCGUGGAGUUGCUCGAGAUUUUCUUCAUCGCAUUUGCAAUUGCCACCGGGGUCUCCUUGUUCGUUUUCCCCAUGACUACCAGAACGAUCUUGUUCAGGAGGCAAACCGCCUAUUUUGGGGCGUUGCGGGAUUUCAUGACGAAGCAGACCGCAUACUAUCGAGCCUUGGGGGCGUCUGCGCCGCCGGGGAGUGGGCAGAUGUUCGGUAGGACAGAUGCAGACAGGAAAAAAUCAUUCCGUGAGCGAGAGGCUUUGUACGGGAGUCUGAAUCGCCUCAUCGCCCUCCACAUGGAAAUGUACACGGACACGAUCAGUGCUAAGCGCGAGAUAGCCUUUGGCAAGUUGGAUGCCGAUGACCUGCACCAACUGUUCCGAGUCUUUCGAUCUAUCCUCACCCCAAUGGCUGGCAUUAAAACCAUUCUUCAGGCCUUGGAUGGAAUGGACCCGGGGUAUCCAACAGAUCAGCCAGGAGUACGUGAGAAAGCAGUUCAGGACCAGGCGUUGCGAGACCUUUGGAGCCAAGUCAUGGCGGAAGUUGGCGAGCUGUCCACGGAUAUCGCCCAGGUCAUCGACGAAGGCUGGCAGCACGCGGCCAUCGUGCUCGAAUACAUGCCCAAGCCGAGCAAAGAUUCCGACUUGGAGUGCCAGAGGCUCGGUUCUCCCACCUUCGCAGACUACAUGGAUCGCAAGAUUCAGGCAUUCCGCGGCCGCCGCAGCGAGUUUCUCAGUACCUGGGCCAAGGAUCAAGAGAGGAUGUCGGAAGGGGAGCAUGGACUGAUAUACCUCGUCCUUCAAGUCGAGAAUCUCAUCUCCAGCAUCGCCGUGGCAGUCCACCAACUCGUUCUCUUCGCGGACUCGAAAGUGAGAGACGGCACAAUGGCCAGAAAGAGAUUUGUGUUUCCUCGCCUCCGUCACUUCACAACCCAUCUACGCCAUCCUACCAUCCCACUGGACGAGACCUCGACUCCAGAUGCAGACCUCACAGAGAGCGGGAUCUUGGGCAUGGUGGCUCGGAGCAAGGCAAACGACUACCACCAUCUGCCUCCCAGCAACGCAUGGCAGCGCUGGACGAACCAUCUCCGUGCCGUACCCAGGCUGCUCCGAUCAAAGGAAUCUGCUUUCGGCCUUCGAAUUGCUCUCGCCGCAUUCUCGGUGGGAAUCCUGGCGUACCUCGAGCAAACCUGGACGUUCUACUACCAACAGAGACUCAUCUGGCCCUUGAUCGUGAUCCUGGUUGCCAUGAAUGUCGCCUCCGGAGAAAGUACCUUCAAACUCGCCGCACAGGUGAUAGGCGCAACAGCAGCGAUGAUUAUAUGCUUUCUCUGUUGGUACAUCGUUGACGGCAAGCCUGCAGGGGUCCUAGUCCUAACAUGGCUGGCCUUCUUCGCCCUCUCAUACGGCUUCAUCCGGGUCCCCAAAUUCUUCGCCGUCUGGCUAUGUGUCUUAGUCCCGAUUGUCGCCGUCAUCGGAAUCGCCCUGCAGUCACAGAAGCUAGGUCACGAAACAGUGGUAGCCUCCGGACAAGCCGACUACCCCGUUUACUUGAGCGCGCCCUACCGGCUUCUCAACGUGCUCGCGGGCAGUUUCAUCGCGUACGUCUGGACCGUAUUCCCGUACCCCAUUACCGACCGCGGGCUGCUGGGCGAGAAACUUGGCGAUGUCCUUUGCUUGCUUGCCCAAUACCAGGAUUGCGCGCAUUCCAUCACGAGCCUGAAACUGCGGGGCGGAAGGGGAAAGGGCGACGAUGCGGCAUUGGCAUUCAGGUCCAGCCCUGGGGGAACACUCGACGGUGCUCAGCAGCGCCUGUUCCAGCGGAUCAUGACGCUCAUUCCACCGUUGCGCAUGCACGCCCUCUUCCAGAAGUUCGACCUGCCCAUUGGGGGGGAAUACCCUGUCUCGAAAUAUACGGCUAUCAUGCAAGAAGCAACCAGCAUCAUGAACUCCAUCAACCUCCUCAUCCACUCCUCGACGUCCUGGCCACCGCUCCCUCAAUCUCCCGCCACGUCCACCGUCCUCGACUCCGUUUCCACCCACUCUCACCAGAUGACCUCCGCGCUACUGAUCCUCUCCGCCUCCGUCAAACACGGCACCCCACUACCACCGUAUUUCCAAGCGCCGCCCGCAGUUGACUUCUCCCCUCUGUGGCAAGAGCUACCCGUGAGUCUGGACGCCCUGUCCGGGGAGAAGGAGAAGAGCGAGGCCGCGGCGGUGCAUCGCGCUUGUGCGAUGAUGCAGAUGGUUAGUGAUAUGUCGAACGCCGCGUUGGCCAGGAUGGUCGUGCAGGUGCGGGACUUGGUUGGGGAGGUCAACUUUGCUGUGGGUGUGAAGGAAUAA